UCUCCUGCAGACCGCUAGUCGAGCGAGUAGAUUUGUCUCGUGCUUCGAUGAUGAAAUUAUGGUUUCUGCCGAGAAUACGAAGAGCAGUUGCGUCAGCGCCAUACUAUGGUCCUUUAUGCUAGCGCUCACGUACGUGGGCAGCCUGUACAUUUGGAGGACGAGGGAGAACAGGGAUCAUCCGGCCACCAUAAAGAAGAGGUUCAUCAGCGUAUUCGCCAUAAUAUGCAUAUCCCCUCUCUUCGUAGUUUUCGGCGCCGAUCUCGGUCAUUUCAAGAAGAAUGCCAGCGUGCCUGCUGUGAUGGGUCUUCGCCUUGCUGGGCUGCUACCAGCCAUUGUCCUGCCGCUGGCUCUUACCAUGGUGCUUUUCGCGGGCCCGCUUGUACUACACUACUUCGAUGGCGUCUGGAGCCUUUACAUGGAGCCGCGCUACUGGUACUUGAAUCUGAGGAACCUCAUUUGGCUUAGGAACCAUAUCGUGGCACCAUUGUCUGAAGAGUUCACGUUUCGUGCCUGCAUGCUUCCCAUACUGGUGCCUUGCCUGGGCCACCGAGCUGCUGUUGUUAUCUGUCCGCUCUUCUUUGGUGUUGCUCAUUUCCAUCAUCUCACUGAGAGACUCUCUAGGACAAGCAAUGUAAAAAUGGCCAUCAUGCAGUCUGUUUUCCAGUUCGCUUAUACAACAAUUUUUGGUGCCUACUCUGUCUAUCUAUUUCUCAGAACAGGUCACUUUGUGGCGCCAUUUGUGGCCCACGCCUUCUGCAAUCACAUGGGGUUCCCCGACGUCUCCGAGGUGUUCGGCUACAAGCAGCCACGACUCACCCUGCUCUUGCUGGCGUUCUUGCUCGGGCUGCUGUCCUGGGCGUCGCUGUUGGAACCCAUGACUCGGCCGCAGAUCUACUCAAAUGAUUUGUACUACCAGUCCUUAUGACGCGCGCUCGCUACGACUCCAAUGUUGCGUUCGGAUCAAGAGGUGUUCUCUUUCUUGUCAAGGUCUCCUGCCUGCUGCCCUACGCUCAUUUGUGAACCAUCAUGUUAGCCAUUUGUCACA